AUGGCGAAAAGUGUUCGAGCCAGCGUUUCCAAGCGCAACAGAGCCAAUCUGCGCAAGAAGGUCUUUGGCCCACUGGUUGAUGCCAGAACCGAGAGACUCGCUGCCAAACUACAGGAGCUUGCAUCACAGCCACGGCCUGAAGCUCCUGUGAAAUCAAAGAUGGACCUGGACGAGGCUGCCGAAGCAGCCAAGGCUCAGACUGGUGACAGUGAAGAGAUGGAUAUCGACGCAAUCAAGAGCUCUAAGAAGAAGCCGGCACGUGUGCAAAAGCGCAACCAGAAGCCCCGCAACUCGAUUGUCUUUCAAAAGCGUCUAUCUACGACCAAGAAGGGACCUAAGAGGAAGUGA